UCUUCGUUUCGGCUUCGGUGACCUCCUGGCCAAGCCGACCUCAGCAUUUAUAAUCACAUGUCCUAAACCCCAAUUCCUACAAUUCCAAAUUUCUAAUCCCAAUUCUUUCAUCGAAACCAACUCAAUCACAUAUAGCAACUAGUCCAAUCCAAUCCAGACCCAAAUGGAUUCCGAAGACGAACAAUACCUAAAGCAAAGAUUAGACGAAUUGCAGAGAGACGUCUCCAAGAAGCUUAAAUUCGAACCCGCCGUCGCCGCCCUCACCUCUCUCCUCCGCGACCGCUACUCUUCUUCCUCCCCUCCGCUCCGCAACUCCUACUUCGCCGUCGUCUCCCGCGUCGCCACCGUCUUAAAGACCCGCUACACCUCCCCCGGCUUCUGGGCCGCCGGCCUCGCCCUCUUCCGCCUCGCCCUAACACUAGUCUCCGCUCCCGCCGAGAAGACCCAGCUUCUCAGCUACAUUUCCGACGCCGAGAAAGUCGUUCGCCAAGACGACGAGCCUCCCAGCCUCUCGCCCCCGAAUCAAGGGUUUCUCUUCGAGGGCCAUCUGACGGUGGAUCGGGAGCCGCCGCAGCCGCAGUGGCUGGUCCAGUCGAAUCUGAUGGCCUCCGCCGCGACUCUUUUCGCGGCGGAGUCUUCCGGUGCGGGUCGGCCUGUAGCCGAGACCGGCAGCAACGACGGCGGCGGCGAAUCCGAGAGCGCGGCGAAUCUUCUGCAGUCGCUGAUUGACAACCUGGACAGCGUUUUGCCGCCGGGGAUUCUGGAAGACGUGAGAGGUGCGCCGAGGGUGCCGCCCGCGAGUAAGAAAGUGGUGGCGAGUCUUCCGGUGAUUACGAUUACGGAGGAGAAGCUGAAGAAGCUUGGAGAGGAAGCAGACUGCUGCAUUUGUAAAGAGAAUUUGGCUGUGAAUGAUAAGAUGCAGGAGUUGCCUUGCAAGCACACAUUUCAUCCACCGUGUUUGAAGCCUUGGCUGGACGAGCACAAUUCGUGUGCGAUAUGCCGGCAUGAGCUGGAGACUGAUGAUCAUGCGUACGAGAGCUGGAAGGAGAGGGAGAGGGAAGCUGAGGAAGAUAGAAAAGGCGCCGCUAAUGCGGUUCGGGGUGGUGAAUACAUGUAUGUUUAAUGUUUGGAAGAGAGGAUGCUCUACUCGAAUAAUAUGUUGAAUUGCAGCUUCACUUAUAUGUUAUGUUCAUUCACAUUGCACUGGCUGUGAAUCCUGCUAGAUAUGUUGUAUCUCUGUCAUUGUAAGUUGUAAUUUAGACAUUGAAUAGAGUAAAUUCAAUUCUACAUUCAUAUAUUUGUUUUUCUCUGUAAUACAUUCUUAUAGAUGAUGAAAUCAGGCUAUCAUUUGAUGUU